AUGUCCACAUCUCCCCGCCAGCGUCCCCCCUCCCUCCCAUCCACAGUCUCUCUCAACCAUGCAACAAGUCUCCGCAGCUUUCGCCGCCCACCGCCCCCAGUCACCGCCGUCGUGACCUCACCCCCCUGGGCCCGCGACGAGCCCCCGUCCCCGAAGGAGCAGACAGGCUCAAUUCACGAGGGAAAUCACGCAACAGAGUCCAGGAUAUCCGACGUCGCCUCACUCCAGUCAAGUCCUGAUCAAGGUGCCUCUCGAUGGUGGACGUUUACCCUCCCGCGCCCCAGGCAGGACGAGGAUUUUGAGCGUCUCCCCUCUACACCGAGGGAACGAAAGGGCUUCCGCGAUUUAUCCCUCGGAUGGAUGCCAACAGCGACGUCCCUGCGCGAGAGUUCGACUUUCUUGCGCAGAGAAAAGGAGAAGGAGCCAGAGAACGGCACACCAUACCUGUCGAUAUCUAUGCCCCCGCCAGCCGCGCCAGCCGUACCCUACACCCUAUCUCAUACCUCAACACCCGGAUGGGAUACCCCGUGGACACCCAAACCAGCUGCCCAGGGUCCAUCACGCCCUUCUCGGCCAAAUAGCUAUGGAUUCGUCGAGGAGGUCCUCCCUGACGAGAAUGAAAAACGCCUGUCUGGAUGGAGCCGACGACGGAAGCAACUUCGUUCAUUCAUUCUUGUUAACACCUAUGUUCCAUUGUUAUUCAGAUUUAUCAACAUUGCCUUCACAGGCGCAGCACUUGGAAUGGCUAUUCGAAUACGAAACAUAGAGCUCAGACACGAUGCAAUGGGUGCCGUUGGCAGUUCACCAACGGUUGUCAUUAUAUUUGCCCCCUUAACCCUGGUUCAUGUUAUGGCUGCUAUAUAUCUUGAAUACUUUGGUCGUCCUUUGGGACUAUGGCGAACUUCUGCGAAGCUUGCACACACAUUAUCCGAAGUUUUAUUUAUCUGCGCCUGGUCGGCGGCUCUCUCCCUCUGCUUUGACAAUUUCUUCACCUCCUUGAUACCCUGUGCCUCUGCAUCGAGCACCGCCUGGUACAACCAGCUACCCCGGCCCAUCAGUGACGUCCCUGGCCUCGAGGGGACCUACGGUGACAGCAUCUGCGAUUUUCAACUGUCCCUCAUUUGCCUCGUCGGCGUCGGCCUCAUCGCGUAUUGUUCGAAUCUUAUUAUCAGUCUUUAUAGGAUUUUCGAGAAGGUCAAAUACCAUCACCCUGUCCAAAAUUCCGCUGGAUUACCUCGCCCAUGA